AUGGCCAAGAAUGGGGUUCUCGUGUUCUCUUAUAUUUUCCCAAUUCUCAUGCUCAAUAUGAGCUUGUUAGUUUGCAUAAGCGCCAUUGAUGAAAACAGAAAGGUCUAUAUAGUAUACAUGGGCUCACUCCCCUCUAACGAGUCGUACUCGCCCUUGUCUCACCACCUUAAUAUAUUAGAAAGAGUUGUCAAGAAUGGUUCCGCUGCAAAUCUCUUGAUGAGAAGUUACAGAAGGAGUUUCAAUGGAUUUGCUGCCAAGCUCACUGACAAUGAAAGGCAAGCGCUUGCUAACAUGAAGGAAGUAGUGUCUGUCUUUCCAAGCACAACUCUCCAGCUUCAAACAACAAGAUCCUGGGACUUCAUAGGUCUGAACGAAACAACUCAUCGAAAUGCUACAGUCGAGAGUGAUAUCAUUAUUGGUGUCAUUGACACAGGAAUAUGGCCUGAAUCGGAGAGCUUUAAAGAUGACGGAUUUGCUCCGGCUCCAAAGAAGUGGAAAGGUGCGUGUAAAGGUGGCGAAAACUUCACAUGCAACAACAAGAUCAUUGGAGCUCGGUUUUACGGACCAAUACAGUCUGCAAGGGAUGAAGAAGGCCAUGGAACUCACACUGCCUCAACGGCAGCAGGAAAUGACGUGAAGGCUGUGAGCUUUUAUAAACUAGCACAAGGCGCAGCAAGAGGCGCAGUUCCCUCUGCGAGAAUUGCUACGUAUGCAGUCUGCAGUGCUAAUCUAGGAUGCUCUACAGAAAGUGUCUUGGCUGCUUUUGACGAUGCUAUUGCUGACGGUGUUGACGUCAUUACAAUUUCACUUGGAGGAAUGUUUGCAAUGCCUUUCCAGGAAGAUGUGAUCGCAAUCGGUGCUUUCCAUGCAUCGGUGAAAGGGAUACUAACCACAAACUCUGCAGGCAACAGUGGUCCUAUCGCUGGUUCUGUUACAAGCGUGGCACCAUGGUUGCUCUCAGUGGCCGCUAGUAGCAUAGAUCGUCGAAUUAUUGACAAGGUCAUUCUUGGGAAUGGAACCACAGUUGUUGGGCUAUCAGUGAAUUCUUUCACAUUAAAUGGAACAGGUUUCCCAUUGAUCUAUGGAAAAGCUGCAGCUUCAAGGAACUGCUCGGAGUUCGCUGCGGGGGGAUGUCACUCAGGCUGCCUGGAUGGUGAUUUAGUUAAGGGAAAGAUUGUCUUGUGUGAUGAAAUCUCUGGACAUGAUGUCGCUUAUGAAGCUGGAGCAGUAGGUUCAAUUUUAAACGCUGAUUGGGUUGAUUUUCCUGUCAUUCUAGCUCAACCUGCAACAAUAUUGAGAGAUCAUGAGUAUAAUGCAAUCAAGUCCUACAUGAAUUCCACUGAAGAUGCUCGAGCAAACAUAUUAAAAAGUGAAGCCGAAAGAGAUGAUACUGCGCCUGUUAUUGCUUCCUUCUCUGCACGAGGACCAAAUAUAAUACUACCUGAAAUAAUCAAGCCAGACAUAAGUGCUCCAGGGGUUACUAUUUUGGCUGCCUAUUCACCUGUUGCUCCAGUUACAAACAGUCCUGAAGACAAGAGGCAUGUAAAGUACAGUAUAAUGUCUGGAACCUCCAUGUCUUGUCCGCAUGCGGCUGGUGCAGCUGCAUAUGUCAAAGCAUUCCACCCUGACUGGUCUCCAGCAGCCAUCAAAUCAUCUCUUAUGACUACAGCUUGGCCUAUGAAUGUUACUAACGACUCCCCUGGUGAAUUUGCCUAUGGUUCUGGACAUAUCAAUCCUGUCCAAGCUAUAAACCCAGGACUGGUUUAUGAAGCUUCUAAGGAAGAUUACAUAAAGCUCCUCUGCUCAAUAUUGGGGGAGAGCAUGGUUAGACUUAUAUCAGGAGAUAACAGCACAUGCCCUACACACUCGGACAAAGACUCGCCAAAGGAUCACAAUUACCCAUCAUUUGCAGGUGUUGUUCCAGUAAAGAAAGCUUUCAGUCUGCAAUUUCACAGAGUUGUUAAAAAUGUUGGCUUUGCAAACUCCACUUACAGUGCCAAGAUCUUUGGAAAAAACACUCAAGUGGAUAUCAAAGUGGUGCCUGAAGUUCUUUCCUUCGAGUCCUUGAAUCAGGAAAAACCAUUUGAUGUCACCCUUGUUGGACCAGGAUUGUCGGAUGAUUCACAACCACAUGUGUCUGCGUCGCUCGUAUGGUCUGAUGGAACUCAUAGUGUUAGAAGUCCAAUUCUCAUCCAUAGCCAAAAAGAAUAUUAA